AUGGACAAAAAAGAAGCAUUGGUUGUGGUGCAGACCCAACUGUCUCAGGCAAUCAGGCACAAGUUUGAUCCCAAUACUGGAGUCAAGCGUGGGCUCAAGACAAGACAUAUUUCUAUGAUGGCUCUUGCUGGAAUUGUUGGGCCUGGAGUUUUUAUCGGAAUGGGUUCUGCUCUCCGUGAUGGUGGGCCUGCUGGUUUGAUUGUGGGGUUCACUAUAGUUGGAGUGCUAGUGAUGAUUAUGAUGUUUUGCAUCGGAGAAUUGAAUAGUUUGUUCGAUUUCAACUUCAACACACAUGCUUCGAGAUGGGUUGAUCCUUCUUUUGGAGCUGCCAUGGGCUGGUACUAUGUCUUCUUAUGGGUGUGUAGUCUUAUUGCGGAGUAUGUAUCCGUUAUAUCAGUGAUGAGUUUCUACAGUGACAAAGUUCCUCUUUGGGGUUAUUACUUGAUCUUGUGGGGAGCAUUUUCUAUCUAUCAGAUGGUUGGUGUGGAUAUCUUCGGUGAAGUCGAAUACAUUCUUGCCUUUAUCAAAUUGCUGUUCAUUACUGGCUUCUACUUAUUCAGUGUGAUAUAUGCGGCUGGUGGAAUUAAAGGCCAUAGUCCCGGAAAUCCAUUCAAGAAUUUCCCUUUGAAUAGCGGUUUCAAGGGUAUUGCCAACUCAUUCGUCUAUGCUGGUGUCUACUAUACUGGAAUUGAGAGUCUUUCUGUUACGUUCUCCGAACUGAGAAACGUCAGGGCCGCAGUGAAAAAUGCUGUAAGGCAAGCUGUCGUCCGUAUUUUCUAUGUCUACUUUGGAAUCAUCAUCUCAUAUGGUAUCACGGUUCCUUAUACCGACCCAGGACUCUCUGGAUCCAACAAGACCAUGAAAUCUCCAAUGACUAUUGCCUUAGUAGAUGCUGGAUGGAAAAAUGCUGGUUUCUACGUCUCCACUGUUGUUUUGAUCACCUCUCUUUCAUCUAUCAAUAGUGCUAUCUAUUAUCCUGCCAGAAGUCUCAAGAGAUUGGCUGACGAUGGAUAUGCACCUAAAGUAUUCUCUAAGGUGACCACGCAAGGCGUUCCAUGGGUUGCAACGCACACCGUCCAUCUUUUUGGGUUUCUCUCAAUUCUAUCCAUCAAAAGCAGUUCUUCGGUGGCUUAUGGAUACAUCAUCAAUUUAGCUGGUCUGUGUGCUUUUAUCGUUUGGAGCGGAAUCAUCUUUGUUCACCUUAGAUUUAGAGCUGGAUGGUACAAACUGGGAAGAACUGACAAUGAACUUCCUUACAAGGCUCCUUUUUACCCAUAUGCUAACUACAUCGGUAUUGUUUUAGGUAUUGCGUUGACAUUGGUUCAGGGCUGGUCCGUGUUCGUUCCAUUUAAUGCUGGUAAUUUUGUCGAUGUUUAUAUCAUGAUACCAUUUUUCUUUAUUGUCUGGGGUGGUUUCAAAUUAUACUUAAAGAGUCUGUGGAUCCGCUACGAGCAUAUGGAUUUUGUUUCUGAUCGCCAAGAGACCGAUGGGGUCUACACAGAUGUCGAAAGUUUGGGCUCACAAAGUACUCAGGAGGAGAAAAAGGAAUCGUUUGCUAGUAAGAUUUGGAACAGUAUUUAA